AUCACAUUCCGUAGCAUUGAGUUCUUAUAAGAAUUAAAAAAUAAUACUACUGCAUCUAAUUAAAUUAAUUAAUUAUCAGGGAAUUACUAAUAAAUAAUGCUGUAUAAGAGAUAGUAUUUGGUAUACGCUUAAUUUAAAUAUAAAAAUGUACAAAAUUUUAAGAACUGUCAUGACUCAGCCUCUGAUGAAACGAACAAUAACAAAAAGUUUAGUGACUCAAACUAAUGUACAAGAAGCUGCUUUAGAAGAUUUGUGCAUUUUAGUAGACCAACAUGAUAGACCGCUAGGACCUGGUUCUAAAAGGAACUGUCACUUUGUAGAAAAAGGUCUCAAAUUGCACAGAGCAUUCAGUGUGUUUAUAUUCAAUGAAAAUGGUGACAUGUUAUUACAAAAACGAGCAAAUGAGAAAGUGACUUUUCCCAACUAUUAUACAAAUGCUUGUUGCAGUCACCCUUUGUAUAAUUUAGAAAAUGAAAGAAUUGAAAAAGAUGCCAUAGGUAUCAAGAGAGCAGCACAGAGAAGACUUGGUCAAGAACUAGGCAUAGCUGAGCAGGAGGUUCCAUUAGAUUCAUUUAAAUAUCUAACAAGAAUUUUAUAUCGAGAUGAAGGUGAUGGCCAAUGGGGCGAAUAUGAAGUGGAUUAUAUAUUAUUUUUACAGAAGCAUUUAAAUUUAAAUCCAAAUCCUAAUGAGAUAAGUGAAUUGAUUUAUAUGCCACGAACAGAUUUCGAAAUGCAUCUCAAAGCUUUAAAAGGGCCUCUAACACCAUGGUUUAAACUAAUAUUGAAAAAUCGUCUUAUGCUCUGGUGGGAUAAUUUACAUUGUCUUGAAAAGUUUGAAGAUCAUGAAAAGAUACACAUCUUCUAAAAAUUAGCUUUAAGGAUUAAGCUAUAAUAUAUAAAAAAAUUACAUAUCUAUAUUUGUACUAGGCUUGGAAAUAUUUUUUCUGUACUCAAAAGUAUUACAAUUUUGAAAAUAAUAUUUUAUAGUCCGAUUAUUUUAAAAAUUUUACAAAUUGUACAUAAAAAUAGUUCAAUAAGAAGGUGGUAGCUCAUAGCAUAAGGCCAGUAUAGUUUCAUAAAUGAUUGUUUCAAUAUUAUUAUGACUAGUCUCAAAAACUAUCAGGGUGUAUUUCGGUUUUUGAAUCUCUUAUUAAAUGUUUUAUUCUGAAGAUCAUAUUUUUAUAAAAUAAAUAUAACAAAAAUAAAUUUAUU